AUGAGUUCUUCUGCUUCCAAAAAUAAUGGAUAUGUCUUUGAACAACAGAACGAUGUGAGAUUAGACGAUCUAAGCUCCAAGAUUAAUGCUAUAAAGAACAUCACUAUUGACAUUCACCAAGAUGUUACAGAUCAAGACAGACUUUUAGAUGAGUCGCAUAAUCAAUUUAGUGGACUUGGCAGUAGUCUUACAAACUCAUUCGGGAGAAUGAACCGCAUGAUAUCCAAACGCCAUCAAAGACAGCUCUGUUUCUAUGUGUCGAUCUUGGUGUUUUUAUUCUUCCUCAUUUACUAUGGAUCACCGCUUGUCAAGGGCUUGUUUUCGAGCAGUGAUGAAAUUCCUGAUGAUACCAUUACAAAGCCAAACAUUGAAGACAUGUAG